AUGGAGCAAAAUCUCCAUCUGGACGAAGCCAUCGAUAGUCCACCAGUUGAUGCUGUACAAUAUCGACGAUUGAUUGGGAGACUGUUGUAUUUGCAAGUAACGCGUCCGGACAUUGCUUUUGCUAUCAAUAUACUCGGUCAAUUCUUGGCAAACCCACGUCAAAGACAUAUGGAUUCUGCCAUUAGAGUGUUACGCUACUUGAAAUCGACCCUUGGCCAAGGAAUUCUCCUACCUAAAGACGGUGAUAUGAGCCUUAAGGCUUUCUGUGAUGCUGACUGGUUGGGUUGCUCCUUCAUGCGACGCUCCCGCACCGGUUAUUUGAUUUUCUUAGGAGGAGCUCUGGUAUCUUGGCAAACAAAGAAGCAGUCAGUUGUCUCUAGAUCGUCGGCCGAAGCUGAAUAUCGCGCCAUGGCUACUACUGUGAGUGAGAUCCUAUGGUUGCGUUGGCUUUUACACGACCUUAAGGCUGCCCCUGUUGGACCCACACCACUAUACUGUGACAACAAUGCAACCUGA